AUGCGAGUUAGUCCCUGUGUUGGCCGGGUGGCCAGGCGCCGUUACGGCACUGUUGCCUCGAGCACAGGCAGACACCAGUCGCGCGAGCCUGCGCCUCCGAGCAGUCCAGCAGAUCCGAUACAACGGCCGUGGUCGACCUCAUAUCAGCUUGAUUCGCCGAUAGCCAAGCCGCGACCACAACCACAAUUUUACGUGCCCUCUGUGCUGCUCCCCAGGGAGGCGGCUAACUCGCCGACUGUACACAAGAUUCAUAUUUUGGGUGACGAUGAAAGGUCCAAGUUCAUUGCCCACGCCUUAUCGAGCGUAUACGAUUCCGUGGAAAUGCUCGGGUGGAGGAGAAGCUCCUCAAAGUACCGCAACAUUCAAAAGGCCCGUCCAAGCAACCGCUGGUCAGCACCCAACGUCGAGCCCAACCUCGCCGCCAUGCCCAGGGCCAUCGCCCAAGACGAUGAUUCGAAAAUUGACCAGCUCGUGGUAUCAGGCCGAGGUUACGAAGCUGUAGAGGCUCUGCAGGCGGUGAAGAACCGAAUUGACGAAAACACGACAGUAUGUUUGAUGAAUGAUGGGCUAGGAGUGCUCGAGGAUGUGAGAAAGAGGAUCUUUGAGGGAACGACAGAUGCAGCACCGAGCUUCUGGCUAGGCCACAUGAGCCACCGGCUGGCGUUCAAUCGAACAUAUGACGCGGUGACCCAGCUCAAACACGGCCAGACAAAGUUGACCUUUGCCGAGGCGCCUCGGAUGCGCGUCAACGACAUGCACAAGGUCGAGUCGCGGCCGAAUUUCGUCAAGACACUACAAGAAGCAAAGGACCUUCGCACGACAAUGACGCCCUUUGACCAGUGGCUCCGAUUCAAGCUGCCUGCAGUCAUCUUCGACUCUGUCGUCGAGCCUGUGUGCGUGCUUCUAGAGAUGCCAUACCAGGGCUUACUGCAGAACCCAGCAGCGCAGCGCAUGAUGCACAGCUUGCUGUCCGAGAUCAUCCAAGUUCUUGAGAAUAUGCCGGAACUGGAAGGGUCAACGGCCAUCAGAGACUACGUGCAGAGCAAGGGCGUUCGAAAGUUCAUGUACGGCAGGAUAAUGGGGAAGCAAUCACAGCCAAGCCAACUGGUCCGACGGAUUGAGCACGGGUUGCCGACAGACGUGGAGUAUCUGAAUGGCUAUUUUCUGCGCCGCGGGCAGAAGCUAGGACUGGAUCUGCGUAUGAACGUCAUGAUGCGGGACAUGAUCAAGGCGAAGCACUCCCAGGCCAUCGAGCGACUCAACUCGUACAUACCCAUGGAGGAGACAUCUAUACCAAGUCACUCAGCGUUCAGAUAUAGGACAACGCCACGGUGA